AUGGUGCGGAAAUCGUACUGCUGGAGAGGAGUUUGGAUAAUGGGCAUCCUCCAAAUUACCCUCCAGCACUCAAAGGUGACCUCCGCCAAUCUAUUGCUUCGUCUAGGACGGGACGAAGCCGACGUUGUCCUUAUCCAGGAAUCGGGGCUGAGCAGCAACGGGAUCUCUUGCUUAAGGACAAAAAGCCAUAAGCUGGCGGCAAGCAGCACAGGUAGAACCAGAGCCGGCUUGAUGGUCAGAAACGAACUUACCAUUUUUCUUUUGCCUAAUUUCAGCAACGCGGAUGUCGUCACAGCUAGGCUGGAGGACAGUGCUGGAGAACUCUGGGUUGUCUCAGCAUACAUGCCACACGACGACGAGGUGGAGCCACCUCCGAAACUGCUAAGGAGGGCUCUGGCAGAUGCCAGACAUAAAUCGGCCGCAGUUUUAAUAGGCUCGGAUGCCAAUUCAAGGCACACCAUCUGGGGGAGCUCG